AUGUUUAGUGUGUCACAGUCAACUAUUGACACUGAUGAGAACCUCACAGAACAGUUCAUACAGAAAAACUAUUCAGAUUUAUUCCUCGGAAUUGGCUGUUUACCUGGUAAACACAAAAUACAGCUAACGGAAAACGUACAACCAGUCAUACAUCCACAAAGACGCAUAUCUGUAGCUCUUAGCCAAAAGAUCAAGGACAAACUCAAAACAAUGGAACAGGAGGGAAUCAUUGUUCGACAGUCUGAACCAACGGAGUGGGUUAAUAGCUUAGUGACUGUUAUCAAACCUAGUGGUUCAGUUAGACUUUGCCUUGAUCCUAAAGAUCUCAAUUCAGCUAUAAAGCGACCUCAUUAUCCUAUGCUCACUAUUGAUGAAAUAGUUUCUCGCAUGCCGAAUGCCAAAUAUUUCUCCAAGUUGGAUGCAAUUUCUGGAUUCUGGCAAAUCCAAUUUGAUGAAGAAAGUUCUAAGCUAUGUACAUUUAACUCGCCUCUAGGAAGGUUUAGAUUCUUGAGAAUGCUAUUUGGUCUGAACUGUGCGUCAGAGAUAUACCACAGUAUGAUGUCACGAAUGGUGGAGGAUAUCGAAGGUGCUGAGUGA